AUGGUCCACCCUUUGAUUGUAACAGCGGCUGCGACUGCAGGUGUUGGUGCGGCGGUGGCCUUCGAGCUAGCCGUCUUCCGACCCUGGCGUGACGAGAAUUGGCCACACGGCUUUGGCGAAGGCGUACGCAGCGAGUUUCUCAAACUUCGUCGAGAAGUUGAGCUAGCAGUCAACGAGAUUUCUAACGGCCUACAAACACUUCGAGACGAUCAUCGACGCAGGAACGACGGCUCGCAACGCCGACUGAGCGACGGCGAGCUUGACGACUUUCGCAAGGGUGUUGGUGAGGAAGCGAGCAGCGAGAGCGCACAGCACGAAUUCGAGAUGCAUGAGCGUCAGGCUUCGUUCUACCGCGAUCGACUGCAGGAAUCGAUGACCCAAGAUCUCGCGAACAUGACGCGCCAGCAGGAAGGAGGACUGAGGAGGCGAAAUCCGUCAACGAUCGAUCCAUUUACUGAUGUUACCGAUGGCACGGCUUCGUCAUGGCACGCUGCGUUCAGCGAUCGAACCACCAAGUGUGCUAACGAGAGGCCCAACGUCGAGACGAACGGAGACUUAACGCAAUCAUUGCAAGAUGUGACGGACGAAGGACAUGUGAUCCUGGACACCAAUGGACUCUCACAGACACUCUCGGAUCAGCAAAGUUCCUUCCACGACCUGGGCAUCGAUUCGCACAGCAGCAAUGCAUCACACUCAUCUGACUCUCCAUAUCGCUCAAAUCGAGCUCUUCAAGCAUUUGGCCAAGAGGAUCUCUCUAGCGGAUCUGGAUCGGGACGCACAGAGAGCGAACCGGACUUUGAAGUGCUGAGCGAUACCGCCGAUUCGCAAGGUAGGUGGAGCCAUGUAGAUGCGCCACCCAGUCCAACCAUUUCGAGCGGCAGUGAGCCUGUUGCUGUGCGCGUCAAUGACGCGAUCUCGGUGAACAGCGACGGUCAGGAGAGCUGGGCCGAACUAAGCGAGCCUGGCUCGGACGAAGAAAGCUCUGCUCCGGGAGAAGGGAGAGUGCGAUCUCUUUGA